ACAGUCUGAGGUGUCACUUCUGGAUGUCACCCCUUCCUCCCAAUCCCCUCCAUCGACCCAAACCGCGCAGCCCUAGGAGGAGCCUAGACAUCCUCCUCUCCCCUAGCUGCAGGGGAUUGUGGUGCGUAAACAGGAUUAACUCUCUCUCUUCCGCCCACGCUGAUCUCCACCCGUAGCCUGCAGGCUGGAGCGAGGGGCAUGGGGAGACUCGGGGCCUCGCCGCGGUCCCCGAGGUGCGCUUCCCCUCCCCGUGGGGCGGGAGGCCACAGCCUCGGGAGCAGCUCCAGAGCCCCUGCGGACUGCUGCUGCGACGGCGGCGUGGGCUCCUAACGGCAGCCUUCCCCCCGCCUCCUCCUCCUCCUCCCCCUACUCGCGCUUCCUCUCCGCCCACCGCCCUCCAGCCGCCGGGUCACCGCCCGCGCUCUCCUCCGCUCUCCGCCGCCCCCCGCCGCCCCGCGCCCAGCCAUGGGGGACCUGCCCGGCCUGGUGCGCCUCUCCAUCGCGCUGCGCAUCCAGCCCAACGACGGCCCGGUCUUCUACAAGGUGGACGGGCAGCGCUUCGGCCAGAACCGCACCAUCAAGCUGCUCACCGGCUCCUCCUACAAGGUGGAGGUGAAGAUCAAGCCCAGCACGCUGCAGGUCGACCUCCGCGCGGACCCCCAGGCGGCCCGAGAGGUGCAGAGGGUGCAGCUCGCCGCGGGGUUCACCUUCCGCAAUCCCGGUCCUCCUCUCCCUCCCGCGUCCCGGCGUCCCGCCCCGGCCCGCCCCCGAGCUGUAGGCGGAGGAGUGGAGCGUGAAGGCGGCGGCAGGGUGGCUCUGGUCGCUCCCCACUCCGCCAUCUGUCCCCCCGCGGCUGUGGACGCCGGGCUGGAGGAGCAGCCGCAGGCAGCGCGCGGCCUCCUUCCUCUGCUUGGCCUAAUGUGCCCCGGUUUCCCGAGCCGGGUGUCUGUCUGUUUCUCCUGUUUUCUGUUCUGCCUGGUGAUGGCGCCUGGGAUUAGCAACCACAAAAAAAAAAAAAAAAAAAAAAAAAAAAUGUGGUUUUGUGGGGUUAUUUUUUUCCGUUUACUCGUGGCAGGAUUAUCUCUUCCCUGCCACCCCAGCUGCGGCACCCAGUAGGCCCCUGGCUGGGAGGGUUCAUAGAUUAUGGGGAAGCAUCCAGGGGUGGGGUCCCUUACCUUUUAGCCUCCACCUAAACCUGAUGGGAAGUCCAGUGGGGAAGGAAGAAAUAGCCAGUAUUUAUAUCAUCUACCAUAUACUGAGUUGGGGGGGGGGGGGGCGGGUAUAUGUGCUUGAAUCCACCAGAGACCUCUUCAGAGUAAGUGUCCAUCUGCAGUCAUUAAUUCACUAUCCUCGUGUUGGCUUUCAGGUGGCAGGUCCUAAUUCAAGGACCUAAAACCUCGUUUUUUUCUGGUGCUCCUGGCCCAUCUUUUUGUCAGCAGCUCUUCCCUCCCCCCCUUGGCUUCAUGGAUCCAUUGUCCUCACAUUUCCCAGUGUUAUCACUGAAUCUCCAUGAGAUCCAGACACAUUUUCUUUCCCCUCUUUCCAAGGAACCCCUUCUCUCAAGUUAUCUGUUCUCUACGCCAUUUUCUUGAGGGUAGUUCUCUAUUUUUCAAGCUAAUCUACAAGUGAGUCUGUGUUCAUGACAAAACGACUUUUUUCUAGUUAAAACUUAAUUUUAUCAAGGGGAUUUCAACGUCCUAACCCAGGGGUUCUUGAACUUGAGUGUACGUCAGAAUCGCCUAGAGGUCUUGUUAAAACACGGAAGGCUGAGUCCCACCCUACAGUGGGGCUUAAGAAUUUGCUUUUUAAUAGGUUGUCAAGGGAUCUGAUAUUGGUAGCUCAGGACUAUUUGAGGGCCAUUACCCUAACAAAAUAAUGAUGCCGGUGAGAAUGUCUAGUGUUGUAGCUGCAUGAGGAAGAGUACCCCAACUCAUGGGAUCCUUGAUUGGUGGAACAGAAAAAUCAUGAGAGAACUAGUUUAGUGGUUCUCAACCUUACCUACCCAUUAGAACCACCUAGUGAGUCUUAAAAUAAAUUUACCAGUACCCAAACCAGACCAAUUGAAUUCUUCUCUGGGGUUUGGGAUGGGGCUGGGUAUAGGUAGGUUUUUAAUAGCCCCACAAAAGAGACACUAAAGAGGACGACUGCUGCUAAAGUCUAACUAGGCCUUGUACUAGUAUCCUAGAUGAGAAUACUGUCCAUCCAGGGAGAUUAUGUGGUUGGUCUAAGAUUACGUGACUGGUGAGUUGGAGAACUCAAGCCUCUUGAAUUUUCAGAACUUUCUACCAUACCGUAAUGUCG